AUGCCUGGUUCAUAUAUGGCUUCAGAUAAAGCCCGUUCGCCAGGGUAUUUUGAAAUAAAAUCAAAAUCUUCCCCAGUGCAAACUCCUUAUUAUGAUGCGGUUGAUUGUGACGCCCCUUUCCUUGAACAGUUACAAUUGCAGCAUGGUCAACACAAUUUUCAAUUUAAUGGAAGGAAUUCGAACGUCAAUAAUAUUACAAAUGGAAUUAAUGGCAAUGCUUACGCAUCUGUAAAAAAUAUAAGCAUCACACCAUGUUUGCCCAUGACGCCUGGAUAUUCCACGAUGAAUCAAAAAUUUCAAGACAAUUUGGUCACUCCCGGGUGGGUCAAAAAUGGUUCCUUCGCCCAAAAGCUACCAAAUAUGAGUUUACAACGAAGACAAACAUUGAAACCUUCAAGUUUACCUUCGGUUAGCAAAAAUAAACCUUACUCAAUGCCUGGUUUAUCACCUUUCACCCCUGCGACAUCCUCCUUUGAAGAAUAUUCUGUGGAUUCCAUCGCAGAUUCUAUUAAUCAAAAACAAUCUUCGCAAAAUAACAUUUUAUUGCUUGAUUUAAGGCCUUUCUCUAUGUUUACAGCCAAUCAUAUCAAAUCAUCUUUAAAUAUUUGUGUUCCAAGUACCUUGUUAAAACGAUGCUCCUUUUCUGUUGACAAGAUUACGGAAACUUUAGUUAGCGAUUUGGACAAGGGUAUCUUUAGGGAAUGGACAAAAUAUGAAAAUAUCGUUUUAUAUGAUAAUGACUCCGAUUCUUUAUCGGAAAGUUGUCCUUUGUUCCAUCUGUGUAAAAAGUUCAAAUCGCCAGCCUGCAAAGCAAAAGUUGGUUACUUGAAAGGUGGGUUCGCCGCUUUUUAUAGCAAGUACGAACAUUUGUGUGAAAAGAGCGUGAAUGGUGCGAUAUUAUCAUCAUCCACUUUUCCUCGUAAGAGAUCUACAAUUAGCCAUAAGUCGGGUCCUUUCACAUGCCCGACGCCCAUUAUUGAGGCUGUAGGAGUUAAUCCAUUUUUCACAAAUAUUCGACAAAACGUUGAAUUAAGUUCUGGUAUAACAGAAACGAUACCCGUUCGUCUUCCCGAAGGGGUUGUUUUUGAUAAAUCUCAAAUACCAUCUUUCAUGAGAGAAAUUGUUUAUGGUGAAAACGCAAAGAUGAAAUUGGCCGAAUCAUUUCAGGACAUCGAACGUGCUGAACAGAAACGUUUACAAUCUUUAAUGUUGCUUAAUUUAAAUCAAGCAACAGCCGAGAAUCCUUAUAGUAUAUCCGCUGGCAUGGAAAAGGGUACCAAAAAUCGGUAUAAUAAUAUUUGGCCUUAUGAUCAUGCUCGUGUCAAAAUUGGUGAAUGCAAGGAAGGAGAUUGUGACUAUGUAAACGCGAGUUAUGUUCAAGCUAAAGGGUGUGAUAAACGUUAUAUUGCAACACAAGGUCCUUUACCAGCCACAUAUGAUGAUUUCUGGAAGGUUGUGUGGGAGCAGAAUUCUCGUGUGAUUGUGAUGUUGACAAAGGAAGAGGAGGCGGGUAGAAUCCAAUGUCAUCGGUAUUGGUCUGAUUGCGUUGUUAAACCAUGUCGAUAUGGAUCCAUUGAACUUAUCUUGAUUUCAGAAGCUUCAAAUAAUUCAAAAGACAAUACGAUCAUUACUCGUAAAUUCCGUUUAUCACACACAGAUCAUCCAGAAAUUCCAGCUCGUGAAAUUACGCAAUUGCAUUUCCUCGGCUGGCCUGAUUUUGGCAUUCCAGAUUCACCUAAUCGCAUCCUCGAUCUUAUAGAUACAGCGAAUUUCACGCAAUCGCUAGCAGCUCAACAAUGUGAAUCUUCAAAUGUGAUUGGACCUAUGAUAGUUCAUUGCUCUGCCGGAUGCGGUCGGACGGGCGCAUUCUGUACCAUUGAUUCAUCUUUAUCUUUGUUAAACAACAUUCGAAAUCAAGGCCUUGAUAUAAGUCAAGACCUUAUACAAAAUGUCGUAAUGAAUUUCAGAGAACAAAGAUUAAGUAUGGUUCAAACGUUGAGACAAUAUGUGUUUUGCUAUGAAGCUGUUCUAUGGAAGCUGGUUGGCGCAGCAUAA